AUGACCACAACAGCUACUGUCACCAGUAUGCCCGGCUCCGAGUCCAAUGGCGCGACCUCCGGGGUCAAACCAAAGCUUCAUGGUCGCGCCUUUUAUGAGAGCAUUGGAAGCCCAAAGUUUGUCGUGGCGCCUAUGGUGGAUCAGUCCGAAUUCGCUUGGCGGAUGCUCACUCGGUCCUUCAUGCCAGAGUCUCAACGCUCCAAAGUCCUAGCAUACACUCCAAUGUUCCACGCGCGCCUAUUCGGCGAGAACGCGUCCUACCGAGACUCGCACUUCCAACCGAUGCGUAGCGAUCCCGCUUCGCCAGACGCGCAGCCAACCCCGUGGCUUGACGGCAACCCCGCGAUCGACCGACCCCUAUUCGUACAAUUUUGCGCAAACGACCCGGCUGCGCUGCUGGAAGCAGCCAAGCAUGUCGCCCCGUACUGCGAUGCUGUCGAUCUCAACCUCGGCUGUCCCCAAGGAAUCGCAAGGAAGGGUCACUACGGCGCCUUCCUUCAAGAGGACCAGGAACUGAUACACAAGCUGAUCCGGCAGCUGCACGAGGGGUUGUCCAUCCCGGUGACUGCGAAGAUUCGCAUCCUCGACACCCUGGAGGCCACGCUGGCCUAUGCGCGCAAUGUGCUUGAUGCCGGAGCCAGCAUCCUCACCGUCCACGGCCGCAGGCGGGAGCAAAAGGGCCACCUGACGGGCUUGGCGGACUGGAGCGCCAUCCGCUACCUGCGCGACAAUCUCCCGCCCGAGACAGUCAUCUUUGCAAACGGCAACAUCCUGCAGCGCGGCGAUCUGGAGCGGUGUCUGGAGGCGACGGGUGCCGACGCCAUCAUGUCGGCCGAGGGCAACCUGAGCGACCCGACAAUCUUCGCGCCCGAGCCACCGGUUGGCGAGGAAGGGAGGGAGUACUGGCGCGGCAGAGAUGGUCUCGGCGGUUUCCGCGUGGAUGCCGUGAUGCGCCGCUACUUGGACAUCCUGCACAAGUACGUCGAGGAUAAGGAGCCACCAGUGCGCAGGCCAUUGUUUGUGGUGGGCGAGGAUGAGACGUGGAUCAACCAGCCGGCGGAAUCACAAGCAGCGCCGCAGGCUGCUCAGGGAGGCGGGACAGAAGAAGCUCCCGCGGACGCGGAAGAAAACGAAGAGGGCCAGCCGGCUCGCAAGAAGCGGAGGAAGAAUCUCAAGAAGAAGAUGGAAGCGGCCGAAACAGGGAUCGGCAAGAAGGACAAGAAUCCAUCACCCAAUUAUAUCGCGGUCAAGGCGCACCUGUUUCACAUGCUGCGCCACUUCAUCACAAAGCACACAGACGUGCGGGAUGCUGUGGCCAGGAGUAGGCUCGGGGAUGGCCAUAUCAACUACCUAGAGCGCGUGUUGGACAUGGUCGAACGCAAGGUGGCGCAGGGUAUGAUUGAGUACGAGCGCACCGACGGCAAGAGCUUCGAGGACGAGCCCUUGACCAGGAUAACGACCAAGCCACAACCCCAGGCGGAUACCAAGGACUCGAGCGUCUCUACCGCCGCAACAGGGGCGACCAACGGCGAAUCAGAAAAAUCGGCGGCCGGUGGUGUUGUCGAACCCGAGGAUGAUCCGGAGAGCUCCUUCGCAACGGUUAAGAAGUGCAGGCGUCCCUGGUGGGUCGUCCAGCCGAUCGUGCGGCCGUUGCCGUCGGAGGCGGCAGCCAAGGGCGCCGUGACCAUGAAGAAGACGAAAGAGAACAAGAGCAGCAGCAACGGCAAGCAAGAAGAUGGGUCUCGGAAAAGACCGCUUCCUGCCCCCGAGAGCACGGUUGAAGCCUUGGAUAAAGAGACCAGCUUCCCUACCAGUGAUUUGGUUUCAGGAUAG